GUAACGAGACAAGCUCGAGGAUUGCUGGGUAAAAAAGGAGUUGCUAUUUGCACCCACGCUCCUUUAGCCAUUCCAAACUCAAAUUUUCUAACCUUGCAUCGAUUUGUGGAAUGGAUGGAGUAUCAGAUUAUGAUUGGAAUAGAUGUGAUUAUUAUGCCUUAUCCCAUGAAAAUAAGUCAAUUUCCACUCCCUGAUGAAAUUGAUAGAGCACUGCACUAUUACGUCAAAAAAGGUCAUCUUCGCCUGAUGGAUCUGCCUUAUUACAGAGAAGGACAUCCUGGUAUCCCUCAGGAACCAGUCGCUGUUUACAAGAUGUUGGCUUGGUCAAAACUGUUACAUAUGACACACUGCUAUCUCAAGCACGCUCUGGAGUUCGAAUAUAUCCUGUCUCUUGACCUGGAUGAGGUACCUGGGUUUCACGUGGAUCGACGGCCCAACAUUUCAGAAGCCAUAUCCUCAAUGAAAGCUGCUCUGGGAAGUUCAGGAGCUCAGAAAAGUUUCCAACUCAGAGACAGACGAAUGAUUGUGUCCCCAGUGUGUACGAAACAAUUGAAGCUGGACACCUCCUGGCAAAACGGGACCGUCGAUGAACAUUUUGCUAUUCUCAAUACCAGAUAUGCAUAUACUAAGCCUCGCCAUCCCGGAAAGCAAAUCAUCAACACAGAUGUAUGUGUGUUUUUGCAUCUGCACGGCUGUGACAGUUACCUUCCGAAAUCGGAAAAAGAACAUUUCAAUGCUCAAUAUUCUUUCGACUCCAAAAAUAAACCAACGGAUCUUCGAAUUGCUGACAAAACUGGAAUUUAUAUGAAUCAUUACAAGACAUUAAAGUGUGAAAAGAGAAAAGGAGAUAAAAUCCAGGAAAAUUUUAAUCUGAAUAUCAUUCGUCUGCUCGAAAAAAGGAUCAGGAGUGUCUCAGCAGAAUUGAAUUUCACAACAACUUUGCGGUCGUACACACUUUGAACUUUAGAAACCAAAUGAAUCAGUGGUUAAGUUCAAAGUACAUUUUAUACACACAAUAUCGUUAUAUUUCUGUAACUUAGAGAAACGUUAUUUUGAUAGUUAUUACAAAAAUCUAAUCUAGUUGAAAUUCAUUUAAGCUGGUGGUUUUUUCCUUUUUCAUAAACACACUCAUAGUCAUUCAAGUCAAUAGAAUAUAUCUGUGCCUGCUUGUUGGCCUGCCCGGGUCGAGAUUUGCGAUUUAUGUUUCGACCUAGACCUUACUGCCUUAUGCUUUAUUGGUGCCUUUUUUGC